UCCCUCCGGCGCCCCCUGGCGUCGGUUCUGCGGGCGCGCGGCCUCACGUCUGCACCAAUGGGAGGCGGCGCGCGCGGCCGUGGGCGGAGCGGCAUCCGGUGCGGCGGCGGCGGCGCUCGGGGUGCGGGUGCGUGGCCGCCAUGACCGCCCACAGCUUCGCGCUGCCGCUCGUCCUCUUCUCCGCCUUCUGGGGCCUCGUGGGUGUCGCCGCCCCCUGGUUCGUGCCCAAGGGACCGAACCGCGGGGUGAUCAUCACGAUGCUGAUGACAACUGCCGUGUGCUGUUACCUCUUCUGGCUCAUCGCCAUCCUGGCCCAAGCCAACCCCCUGUUUGGGCCACAGCUGAAGAAUGAGACGGUCUGGUACGUGCGCUUCCUCUGGGAGUGAGCAGUCCCCAGGAGCCAGCACCUGAAGAGACCCCCACCCCCAAAAUCAUCACCGUGAGUGGGCAUACGGCUGGGGUGGCAGACAUGUCUUGGCUUCCCUGCCCAUGUCUGGCUGGGGAGGGAGCUGUAGCCUGGUCCUUGCUGGGUGGAAUAUACGUUGGCUUCUUUGCAUUGUGGCUCUGGUGAGCUGUUUUCAGUGUGGGGUUACUUACUCUGCACUGAGCCAGAGCAAACUGAGCGCGCCCCUUGAGCCUGUGGUUCUCUAGAUUUGUGAGAGCUCCCUUGUGGGUGCAGUUCGAUGUUAACUUCUCCUUUUUCCCUCCCCCAGCUCUUGCUGCUGUUCCAGCCUCUACCCUCCUAUACCAGGCAGCCCCCUAGAGGUGCUGGGACAGAGGCUGGACCUGCUGCCCCAGCACACUCUGAGCACUGCAACCUGGACUCAUGUUGACUAGGCCCCUGAGCAUGGCUGGCAGCAGCCCUAGGACAAGAGCCUCAUACACCCAGCCCUGGGAGCAGCCAUGCUACAAGGGAGAGAUUCCUUCAGCAGUCAGAGUGCUCCAGGCAUCAACACUGAGCACUGCCCUGAACGAUGUGUGUGUAGUGCCAGUGGAUGCUGCUCUUGCAGUACCCACCCUGGCCCCUUCAGUACACCCAGCCCCAGCUCCCCCCAAGUGAAACCCCCACUCCAAGCCCCAUCUGGCCAGCUAGGUACCAUCUCCCUGGUCACUGCAGGUAGCAGCUCCACUCUGCAUGAAGAGGCAGGAGCCUAUCACAUCCUCUGGUGUAGGGUCAGGCCUGUGCUGGGGGUGCCCCUUGCUAGGGCUGAUUGUAGCUGUGGGUGUGAGGAGGGAGAGUUGACACUGGAGCAUGCAGGGGACGCCCUUGGGAGGUGCUGGUGUGCAGGGAGUUCUGAUGCUUGACAGAAGGGAUUAAAAGGGUGCUGUGUCUCCUACCACCCCAGCAGUGAGUGAGCUGCAGUAGUGUCCAGGUACCGCCACCCCCCCAACCCGUGUCGAGGUUCUGGGAAGAACUGUGUAGAGUGUCAUGUUUCCCAUUUCCCCUUAUUUAUCACAUAACUUAUCAGUAUUUAUUUGUCUGUGUUUGAUAAAUUUGUUUUGUGGAAAUAAAUCAUUUUUUCUAGUAAGUGA